GGCCUUUGCACGGCCGCGAGUGGAACGGCGCAGCGCGAACAGUGCGAGCAUCGCGUCAUUUGAAGCUACGAUGGCACGCAAAGUCAUACUGGACUGGCUAGCUUGUCCUUCUUCUGCCCCCCCAAGCCAGCAGCAGAGAUCGAUGCGCUUUGAAUAUGCAAAGCAUCCAGAUUAGCUCGAGGUACUCGGGAUUUUGCGCAGCUCUGCGACAGCCGAACAAGAGGCGGACAAGACGAGAAAGCAAAGACCAUCCCGUCACGCGCUGCUCUGUUCGCACAAGCAACGGGUCCCAAAAGCUCGCGAGUUCCGCCCUGGCCUGCCCCACCCGAAUCAAGCAACCGCACGAGCUUCACGCACGCGAAAUAAAGCCGCAAGUCGAUACUUUUGCAAGGAUCAUGUCAUGAGCAUGUACUACAUCCGGGGCGCAUUCCCGCAGGCAAGACAAGAUACAAGACUUUUCAUCCGAGAGGCAAACAUUGUACCAAGGGCUUUGCUUCCACGAAAAGAUCAAAUUUGUCCAAGAGGUUGAUCUAUCUCUCAGCUGUGUCCUUGCUGGCCUCAGCCGAGCGUCAAGUCCAGGGCGGCGUUUUGCAUGACGCCGACAACAG